UGAUGAGAUAAUGCUUUCCAUUUCUAAACAAAUGCCACUAUAAGUAUAGAUGGGGUGUCCUUGGAUUUUGUAUAUGGCUUGUUUUGGGAGCAUUUUAUUGUUUUGAUAUUCCAACUUCUUUGCACAACACAUUAUAGGCACAUUUUGCUGAUAUAAUGACACCUGAAGCCUUUGAGUUAUAUUAUGGAGGGUUGUAUAGUUUAUAUUCAUUUGCUAAUAUUUUUCUUCCAUUUAUUAGCGGAAGUAUGAUAUAAUUUUUAUUCAGAAAUUAGGGAUUAAAAGGGUGAUAGAAUAGUGUUAAUUCUUAUGGUGAUUUUAGUAAUGAUGGGGCAAAUAAUAUUUGUCUAUGGAGUUCACUUAAAAAGCUUCAUGGUUAUGUAUUUAGGCAGAAUCAUAUCAGGUUGGGGCAUAGAAUCUGUUGUUCCUACAUAAACCUCAUUUAUUUCUCCAUAUUUUAAAGAUGACUUUUUGGUAUUGUUGAUUAACUAUUAUAGGGUUUUGCAGUUGGUUUGAAUGAAUUUUUUGCAACUUUAGGGUCUAUAUUAACAAUGUAUUUAUGCCCUAAAUUGGCUUUAGAAUAUGGUUUAUUAGUAGCAGUAUCUAGUGGAAUAUUUUUUAAUUCAUUUAGCUUAAUAUGUGGAAUAAUUACUGUGAUGUUAGAUAAAAAUGCAGAAAAACAUUUAUUGGAAUUAGUGAAUUAUGAUUAAGUCAAAUAUUCUGUUUUAAAAUCAGAAAAUCGUAGUCCUAGAUAAAGUGGUGGGAAGAAUAUAAAUGAAGUUGAUAUAAAUUAUGAUAAGAAUGUUUAAGAAGAAAUAAUAGAAGUAGAGUAGAAUUAAUAAGCAAAUGAAAAUGGAGAAGAUGGAUAGAUUGUAUCUUAACCAGAUGCAGUUUAAGCUAUUGAAAUGUUUCCAAAAAUAUUUUGGCUUGUUAGUUGGUGUUAUGCAUUAAUUUAUAGUUCAGUAUUAGGAUUCAUAAAUAUUUCAGUUGGAUUACUAUCUGAGAGAUGGUUUGGAGUGACUGAAGAAUCAGAGAUUGAAGCAGGUUUUGUAGUUUCAAUUAUGUGGUUCAUAACUGGACUCUUUACACCAUUAUUUGGUAGUUACACAGAUAAAUAUGGCUAAAGAUCAUCAUUAGUAAAUUUAUUUUAAUUUAUAUAGCUAAUAUUUGCAACUUUAUUAUGUACUUUUUCUCAUUUGAUGAUAUGGUAUGUUUUUCCAUUUUUAUCUCUUAUCUUACUUGGAACUUCAUUGGCUUUAGCAUUUGCUUCUGCUUGGACUGGAAUUGUAUUUUUGGUAAGACCUGAUACUUUAGGUAAAGCAUAUGCUUUGGUUAUUGCUGUAUAUAAUUUCACAUUCACUCUUGUGCCUCUAGCUGUUGGAGCUUUAAGAGCGUAUUAAUAUUUAUUAUUUUUAGAUAUUAUGGAACAUAUUAUUAUUCAUAAAUUAUGUUAUCAAUUUUAGGAGCCAUUGCAUUUGUGCUUUCUAUUUUUAUUUAUUAAUUAGAUAAAAAUUAAGAGAAUAUUCUUGAUGGAAAUGGACAAUAUGCAGUUAGUGCAACUAGUUUGGAAAAGAACUUUCCUAUUGAUAAUGCACAUCUAAAAGAAGAUUGA